AUGUUCGCCCCUGGAUACGGAAUGGACCCGGCCAACCCGCAAGACUUCCUCAACAUGGCGCGGUCGAUGCGCCGGCCCGUCACCCAACGAUUCGACGAGUACUACCGCUGCUACCCCAUGGUGAUGCAUCCCGGUCCCGAGCGCAGCGAGCUGAACUAUGGCUCCAAGAUCCUGCUGCCUCCGUCGGCACUCGACAAGGUGUCCAAGCUUCACGUGCAGUGGCCUCUGCUGAUGGAACUCAUCAACGGCGAGAAGGAGAGGCACUCUCAUGCUGGUGUGCUCGAGUUCGUGGCCGAGGAGGGAAGGGCAUACCUCCCGCAGUGGAUGAUGCAAACCCUGCUCCUGGAUGUCGGCGACAUGAUCCAGAUCAAGACAACCUCCCUCGAGCUCGCCAGGCUGGUUAAGCUCCAGCCCCAGUCUGUGAACUUCCUCGAAAUCAGCGAUCCCAAGGCGGUCCUUGAGCGUGCUUUCCGGAACUUCGCUGCCGUUACCAAGGGCGACGUCUUCAAUUUUGAGUACAACGACACAGUCUACGAUGUGGCAGUGUUGGACGUGAAGCCCGAGACGGAGAAGAUGGGCGUCUGCAUGAUCGAGACGGACGUGUCGGUGGAGUUUGCCCCUCCAGUGGGAUACGUGGAGCCGACGAAGUCAUCGGGAAGCGGCACCAGCACGCCGAGAAGCACCCGCGGCCUGCCAGCUGGAGGAUUGUUGCACAACCAGGGCACCAUGGCUCAGGCCAUCAACUACGACUCCAUCGCGCCCUCUUCCGCCGCGGCGCAGGCGACAAACUUCCACGGCGAGGGCAACCGUAUCGGCGCUAAGAAGGGCGGUAAGGCCCCCACCCCGAAGCCAGCCACACCCGUCCCGGGAGUUCCGGCGGACAAGGACUCUGGCGCACCUCGCAGACGGACGAACGGGCCGCUGCCGCUACGGCUGCCCCCGAAUAAGCUGUUCCUGGGUUACGAGAUCACGCCUUACAAGUCGAAGGAGCAGAAGGAGAAGGAGAUUGAAGGUUCACAGAAACCCCAUUUUGCAGGCCAGGGCCAAACGCUGAGGGGAGGAGUCAAGAAGAAGGCCGAGGUCGAGGAGAAGCCAGAAGUCGUGAAGAAACCUGAAGUCGGUCAUCGUUUGGACGGCAAGAGUGUCCAGUAG